AUGUACCCUGAUGGGAAACAGAGCAUGGAAGAGAUUUUUAAUAUCUGUUUGGAUUACUGUGAAGACAUCAUUUCGAUCAUAAGGAUUUUACAGUAUGGGACUGUACUGAUUUUUUGGAAUAAAUGUCCCGGGAAAAACCGUACUGCAGUGACUGAAUUCAUCUUGCUAGGGUUAACAGACUCACCUGAACUUCAAGUUAUACUUUUUGUAUUAUUUUUGUUGCUCUACACUCUCACAAUGAUGGGAAAUGCAGGGAUGAUUACAUUAAUCAUGAUAGACUCUCAACUCCACACACCUAUGUAUUUUUUUCUAACCAGCUUGUCCUUGGCUGAUAUUUUUUAUUCUUCAACUAUUGCUCCCAAGAUGUUAGCUGACUUACUGUCUAAAAGAAAAGUCAUCUCUUUUAUUGGCUGCUUUCUGCAGAUGUAUGUUUUUAUUGCUUUAGCAACCACUGAGUAUAUUCUCUUUGGAUUGAUGUCAUAUGACCGCUAUGUGGCCAUCUGUAAUCCUCUCCUUUACCAAGUUAUUAUGUCAAGGACUGUGUGCCUGAAGAUGGUCACAGGGGCCUUCACAGCAGGAUUCCUGAACUCAAUUAUUCAUACCAGUUACAUAAGUAGCUUAUCCUUCUGUGACUCCAAUGUCAUCCAUCACUUUUUCUGUGACAGUCCCCCAAUCCUUAAACUCUCCUGCUCUGAUAUUCAAAUGAAUGAAACUAUCAUUUUCAUUUGUGCUGGGAUAAACAUGUUAGGAACAUUUCUGAUCAUCCUUACCUCUUAUAUCUAUAUCCUCUUCUCCAUUCUACGCUUGAAUUCAGUUGAAGGGAGGCGCAAAGCAUUCUCAACCUGUGCUUCUCAUAUUACAGCCAUUGUUAUAUUUUAUGGAACUUCAGUUGUUACUUACUUGUGUCCAAAUUCAAACUACUCCCCAACUCAAGGCAAAGUGAUAUCUGUAUUCUACACAGUGGUUAUCCCAAUAUUGAACCCUUUAAUCUACAGCCUGAGAAAUGAAGAAGUGAAGAGGGCCUUGAAGAAUGCUAUCACUAGAAAAAAGAUCCUGAUAUUUAUAUGA